AUGACGAUGGGAGGUAUAUUUGUUAACGUCAUAUCUCCCAUUGUUCAAGAUGCAAAAAUAACUGCCAAAAGGCCCUGCAGCGCACCCUGGGGCCCUCCCAUUUCUGACCUGCCAGGUGGGCGCCCCAAGGGCCCCUCCCUAGGUGUGACAGGCGCUCCCAGUGGCCCUCCCAAGCCAGCAGUGCUCCCAGGGGGCCCUGUCCCAGAGGCUGUGGCACGCAAAGGGAUUUCCAGGGUCGGUGGCGCCCUACUUGGGCCCUGCCAGGCUGUGGCGCCUCAUGGUGGCACUCUCCCUGUUGCGCCGGCGCUCCCAGGGGCCAUCCAGGGGACUAGGGUUCCUUCAGGUUCCCUCCCAGAGGUGGUCGCCUCCACGGCCCUUCCACGGGUGGCUGCGCCUUCAGGGGCCCUCGUCAGGAGUGGGGGCGACCCCGGGGAGACUUCCCUGGAAGGGGCAGGAGUUUUGGGGACCCUUCAUGGGGCGGGGGCACUCCAGGCAGUAGCGUCACCGCCCAGACUGCCAAGGCAGAGCCCCCAGGGCCCCUGCCAAUCGUGCUAUGGUACCCUCAGGUGUCAAACAGGGGCUGGGGCGCCCCAGCAGGCAAUCACUCAGGGCAGCGCUUUUGAGGGCUCUCCGUAG